UGGGUUAUGGAGUUAGUAGCAUAAUAAAUUAGAUUCAGUAAUGCUCAAAAAGUAAUUAUAUCAUGAUAUACUCACCCUCAUGUUGUUCCAAAACCUGCAUGACGUUUUUUUUUCUGCAGAACACAUGAUGCGUAUGUUUCUGUGCAUAUAUACAUACAAAUUCUGUGUGUAAUGGAAAUCAGUUGCACAACAGUGCGAUUUCAUCAGAUGCAUGAAUGAAAACAAUUGGAGUUUUUGUAUUUCAAACUAUCACUUAAUCAAUAAAUCACUAAAGCUUGAACUAAAAUUACUGAUAGCUUGCAAGUUUAUUCUUAACAUUGACAAAUAAACUGAACAUAAUCAAAAAGAAAUGAUCAUUCUAAAUGAAAGAACAAUGUGGAUUUUCCUUUCUCAUGAAUUACAGACAGUAAGACAGUUAUUCACACUUAAGACAGCUCAAUCACAUAAUAUGUGUGUUUGCAUGGGACAUGGGAAUGAUGAGCCUUCUGAGAUGUGAAUUUUUGUCCCACUCAUUCUCAGAACAUCCUACCAGGGAUAUUGGGCGAAAGCUGAAAGUAGCUCUGAAGGAGCAGCUACGAAUUAUUCAUGAGAAGAUUGAAGCCAAAAAGAUUGCCAAACUAGCCCUUGCUGAGGUCCGUAGUGUUUUGGCUCAAGAGGAAGAGGAGAGACAAGCUGCUCUUGCUGCCAAAAAACUCAAAGAAGAGGCAGAAGCUAAGCUUGAAGAGGAACGAAUACAAAGAGAACAAGAGCACAAACUAGCCAAGGAGAAAGCAGAGAGAGAAAGAGUGGGACAAGAAAAACUAGCCAAAGAAAAAGCAGAAAAAGAAAAGAUGGAGAAAGAGACUAAAGAAAAGACAGAAAAGGAAAGACUGGCCAAAGAAAAAGCAGAAAAAGAAAGACCCACUAAAGAAAAAGCGGAGAAAGAAAGGGCAGAAAAGGAAAAACUUGAAAAAGAAAAGGCAGAAAAAGAAAAAAUGGCUAAAGAAAAAGCAGAAAAGGAAAGACUUGAGAAAGAAAAGGCAGGGAAAGAAAGACUGCAGAAAGAGAAAGCAGAGAAAGAAAGACUGGCCAAAGAAAAGGCAGAAAAGGAAAUAUUGGAGAAAGAGAAAGCAGAAAAAGAAAAAGAAAGGCUGGCUAAAGAAAAAGCAGAAAAAGAGAGAUUCGCUAAAGAAAAAGCAGAAAAAGAGAGAUUCGCUAAAGAAAAAGCAGAAAAAGAGAGAUUGGAGAAAGAGAAAGCAGAAAAAGAAAGGCUGGCUAAAGAGAAAGCAGAAAAAGAAAGAUUGGAGAAAGAGAAAGCAGAAAAAGAGAGACUCGCUAAAGAAAAAGCAGAAAAAGAAAGAUUGGAGAAAGAGAAAGCAGAAAAAGAGAGAAUCGCUAAAGAAAAAUCUGAAAAAGAAAGACUGGAGAAAGAAAGCAGAAAAAGAAAGAUUGGAGAAAGAGAAAGCAGAAAAAGAGAGACUCGCUAAAGAAAAAUCUGAAAAAGAAAGACUGGAGAAAGAGAAAGCAGAAAAAGAGAGACUCGCUAAAGAAAAAUCUGAAAAAGAAAGACUGGAGAAAGAGAAAGCAGAAAAAGAAAGAUUGGAGAAAGAGAAAGCAGAAAAAGAGAGACUCGCUAAAGAAAAAGCAGAAAAAGAAAAAGAAAGGCUGGCUAAAGAAAAAGCAGAAAAAGAGAGAUUGGAGAAAGAGAAAACAGAAAAAGAGAGACUCGUUAAAGAAAAAGCAGAAAAAGAAAGACUGAGAAAGAGAAAGCAGA